AUGUCUUCCAAACAAUCAGACCCAUUGGAAAGAUUCUACAAGCAAUUUCAGGCCUUUGUUCAAAAUAACCCUAAUGUAAUAUCGGCAGCUCGAGCGGCCGCACAAAUACCAGAGUCUGCAAAGGCAGUUGUUGUAUUAUCUCCUUAUUCUUUACAGCAUGUGUUUCCGAGGGACUGGGUAACGAAAUCGUACAAGAAAACCAUUGUCGAACGACCAGAAAGAUUAUUAGCAAGUUCGAUGGGUAUAUCAGCUGCGAUUACUAUGUAUCCAUCCCUUUUCACCCUGAAAUCUUCGCAUCAAAGAAAAGGUUCAUUGAUGGCGCCUCAUGUGUUCAAAGUUCAUGGUAGUAGCUGGCCGGCUGAGUUAAUUGAGCUUUGUCAAACGGCAGAUGCUAAACUGCUAAAGGGCGAAAUCGAAGUCCCAGACACGUGGAACUCAGGUGAUAUCUACUUGAGCUCAAAAACAAUCAAAGCUUUGCAGGGAACGAUUGGGGCCAUUGAAACUGGUGUUGAUUCGAUUUUCAAAGGCCCAUCUGCAGAACAUAUUAGUAACAGAGCUUUUGUGGCUAUACGGCCUCCUGGUCAUCAUUGCCACUAUGCCACACCAUCCGGCUUCUGUCUGUUAAACAAUGCGCAUGUAGCCAUAGAAUAUGCGUAUGACACUUACAACGUCACGCAUAUCGUCGUACUUGAUUUUGAUCUACACCAUGGUGAUGGAACUCAAGAUAUUUGCUGGAAGCGUGCCGGUUUUAAACCUGAAGAGGAGCCUGAAAAUUCAUCUUAUGAUGAUUUUGGUAAGAAGUUCGCCGAAUUUCCCAAGGUCGGCUAUUUUUCCAUGCAUGACAUAAAUUCAUUUCCAACAGAGUCAGGAUUUGCUACAAAGGAAAACAUCAAAAACGCAUCUACUUGUAUCAUGAACUCUCAUGACCUAAACAUCUGGAAUAUUCACUUAUCCAAAUGGACAACAGAAGAAGAAUUCAAUGUAUUAUACAGAACAAAAUAUAGAACUUUAUUUGCUAAAGCAGAUGAAUUCUUCAGGAGCGCAAAACUAGAAAUGAAUCAACAGGGGAAACCAUUCAAAGGUUUGGUAGUUAUAAGUGCGGGUUUCGAUGCAUCAGAAUUUGAACAAACUUCAAUGCAAAGGCAUAGUGUCAAUGUUCCUACAAGUUUCUACACAACAUUUACCAAAGAUGCAUUGAAAUUAGCACAAAUGCACUGUCAUGGUAAGGUUUUGUCCUUAAUGGAGGGUGGCUAUUCUGAUAAAGCCAUAUGUUCUGGUGUCUUCGCGCAUCUGAUCGGUUUGCAAAACCAGGAUUGGGUCAAAGAAUGGGGGUCCGAACAAGUCGUUAAAGAGAUUGUUCGUGGUUGUAAACCAGCUUGGAAACCCUACAAGACAAGAAGAGCAAAGGAUGUCAUAAGAAUAUGGGCUGAAGAAGUCAUCAGGCUGGGACGAGCAAUGAUACCGGAAUUCGAUGAUAUAAUCUUCAAAGACGCACUAAGCGCCGCCCCAUCAGAUUCCUUACUAAAGGCUACUGUCGGACCAGCAUCGGCGUCGACGAUUGCUCAAAGAAUAAUCAGAUCCCAUAGAAGCAACGCUUCGCCAGAGGAAGAAUCUCAUGAAAACAAACCGAGAAGCAUGGAAAAGCAGGAACAAAAAGAAGUUCGAGGCGAAGCCAAGGUCAAGCAGCUCUCAUCAAAUAAUAGAGCUGCUGAAACUCAAAUUCCGUUUUUGCAACAAGAAUUUUCCAGUGAGGAUGAAGAUGAGGAAUAUGUUUACGACGAGGAAUUGAACAAGACUUUCAAUCGCACGGUGGAAGAUAUUACCAUUGACGACAUCUCUAGACAUUUGGAAACCCUGGAAAUUGAAAAAAAAGGUGAUGAUGAACCAGACCAGGAGCUAAAGGAAAAAAACUGGAAAAACUCACACCAACGCCGUCUACAAAGCAAUGGAAUGUAUAAAAUUCCCUCCAAUACGAAACCCCAUCGCAUAAGACAACCUCAAAACGCAAACGCGCCAACUUAUGAUGAUAGUGAUAUAUCAAUGAUUUCUCAUGUUUCAAGAAAACAUACAACAAGAAGUGGUGGAAGAUGGUGA